GCAGGAGCUGGGAACCCCCAGCUUAUAUCCUUCAAGCUUUAGGGAAUCUCCAGCCACUCAGCUAGUGUCAGACUACAAGAGGCUGUGUUCCAUUUAAAGGGUCCUCCCUCAGACAAGGAGCCCAACUGAGCACUGGACACUAGCAGAGAGAUGGGUUCCAGCCUGCCCUAGAGUCUGUGCCAAAGCUAAUAGUUACCUUCACCCCCCUGCAUUGUGUGUUGUUCCAUCCACCUGUCCAGAAUCAGCAGAAAGAGAGGCUGUGGCUCCACUGAGCAGAGAUGGAUAACUGGACCUUCCUGGGAGAGUUCCUUGAAGAGGUCCACAAGCAUUCCACCGUGGUGGGGAAAGUCUGGCUGACCGUGCUUUUCAUCUUCCGGAUGCUGGUGCUGGGCACAGCGGCGGAGUCCUCAUGGGGAGAUGAGCAGUCUGACUUCAUGUGUGACACUCGGCAGCCUGGCUGCGAGAACGUUUGCUAUGAUAAGGCUUUCCCCAUCUCCCACAUCAGGUACUGGGUCCUUCAGGUCAUCUUCGUCUCCACCCCGUCCCUGGUGUACAUGGGGCAUGCGAUGCACACAGUGCGCAUAGAGGAGAAGAGAAAAAUGAAGGAGGCAGAAAUGAGGCCAAAGGGGAUUAGAAGCAGUGGCGACUCUUACCACCAACAGGAGUACCUUGUGGCAGAGAAGGCAGAGCUCUCCAGUGGGGAGGAAUCAAGUGGGAAAAUAAUACUCCAGGGUAGCUUGCUGAACACCUAUGUCUACAGCAUUUUGAUCCGCAUCACUAUGGAAGUGGCCUUCAUUGUUGGACAAUACAUCCUCUACGGGAUCUUCCUGAAGACCCUGUACACCUGUCACCGGGACCCCUGCCCUCAUCCCGUGAAUUGCUAUGUCUCGCGGCCCACAGAGAAGAACGUCUUCAUCAUCUUCAUGCUGUCUGUGGCAGUGUUGUCGCUCUUGUUGAGUCUGGCCGAGCUGUACCACCUGGGGUGGAAAAAAGCCAAGCAGAAGUGUGCUAAAUCUUACAAACCCAGCCCCACCAUGGCUGCUGGCAAACUGGAGCCUGCACCCCAAGUGGAGAUGGCUCAAAGUUGCACUCCCCCUCCAGAUUUUAAUCAGUGUUUGGUCAAUCCCAAUGGGAAAUUCAUCAGCCCUUUCAGCAAUAAAAUGGCCUCUCAGCAGAACACGGACAACUUUGCCACUGAGAGGGUCCACAGUCAAGAGAAUGCAGCUGGAGAAAGCCAAUUUAUCCAGAUCAACUAUGCACAGAGUCCUGAGGCACCCAAUGACUCUGCCCCCCACCAGGUCUCCAAUGGCUAUUUCAAUGAGAAACGCAGGCUCAGCAAGACCAGCCGUACCAGCAGUAAGGCUAGGUCAGAUGACCUGUCUGUGUGACCUGUUGCCAGGUAGGGCAAGGAGGGAGGGAAAGCCUCAAUGCUAAGCAAAACUUCUGCAGUGUGGCCUUUGAACUCCUGCCAUUCUGCUCUCUGUUUUAUGGCCCUCUGCUCCUUUUUAGUGAAUGGCACUGCCCUACUUCAGACAGCACUUCUUAAGCCUUAGAACAGGGAGGGGCAAACUUUCCCAAUAGAAGGCAGACUGGCAAUUUGCCAGGAGCCUGAACACAGCACUUAAAUUGCAGAAAAUACAGCAGAUGGUAGCCAACCUCAUAUUUAAUGGAGAGGCGCCACCUACAGGGACCACAGGACCUGCCAUUCCUAGUCACUCAGAUAGAGAUGGAACGUUGGCUAGCAGGACCUGUAAUCUCCAGAGAUUGCAUCUCCCCCUUAAAAAUGAGGCUGGCCAUGAGUUGCAAUAUUGAACUCACCAAGCCAUACACUGGCCACCUCACUGUUGCUUUGGAAUUACUUUAACAUGGAGCUACAUCCACUUUGCAAGCACAUCAAGUUACAACUUUUCUCUCCUGAGAAAAACAGAAAUAAAACACUAGGCCUUUGAAUAAAAUGCUUUAUAUUUUGCUCUCUCUCUUCCCUUUUCUCUGCCUGGGCCCAGACACAUUAUACCACCUUGCCUUACCUAUACCAUGUAAAUGUGCAAUGAAUUCUACUUGAAUUUUUGAGACUAUGUAUGUAGCCCCUUCAAGAUUUGACUAGUAGUUAAGAAUUGUCUGUUUCCCUCAAAAAAAUAAAGUGCCUUAGUGUCCAGCUAUGGAAAUACCUUCAUCCCAGGGUCAGGCCAGCAGACAGACCCUGGCAUCCCCGGGAUAUUACCCAGACUACCUGUUGAAGGGGCCUAAGGAAUUUUCCCAAAAUACUUAUUAGACUAGUUUCAAGAGAAAUGUCCACUUAACCAAAAUAAAUAGAUUUCCCCAUGGAUGCAAAUAUGUCACUGGAAAAAGGAGGGACUAUGGUGUGGAAAGACAUGAUUUUUUUUUUCUCUUUUACAAAUGUUUUAAGUACAUUUAGUUCUUUCGAAAGGGUGCUAGACUGACAGCCCUGGAGAGUGACAUCCCCUGUUCAUCCUCAGAAGAGUUACAGCACAGGCAAUGGUUGUGCCAGCUUCCUCCACCCUGCCCGGCCAAUGAACCUCAACUUCAUUCUAGAGUGAGAGUACUGUCCGGCCUCCAUGACUCAAUCGGUCCUUGGCCGCUCUGCUGAGUCUGCCAGUUCUCAUGGCAGGCAACUAUUCAUUAAGAAAUCGACAAACACACCGAUUCUUUUCACCAUGCAGGUCACCCUGAGCCCUCAUCAGAUGGCAACACUGGUAAUGAGAUAAACGAGGAUCCCAAAACAAGGCUGUUCAAGCAGCACUUAGGAUGGUUCCUAGUCCCCAAACCCAACCUUGACCUCCAUUCAUUUGGUCAUUGCAGAACUGAAACAAGGGGAUUAAGUUUAUCUUUCCGUCUUUGGAGGAUAAACUAGCCUAGUCCAACCUACUCCCUUUCAUUUACCUUGCCCUUUUGAACAUGUACAGCUGCUUAUAAAUCGUUGAAUUGUGUGUGUAUGGGUUUGGAGUGAUUUAAAACAGGACUGAUCUAUUCCCUCUGAUACCUGCUGUUGAAAGUGAUUGUCACUCCUUGAGUCCGAUGCAGUGCGUGGUUUGGUACAAUUGCCUCCACAUGAACCAGGAGGAAAACAUUUUAGUUUGUAAGCGAUUUAUGUACAUGUAUUUUUGAAUCAGGAAAAGAUGUGUGCUCUCCUGAAUGAGAGAUUUUAAACAACUGUGCCUAGUUUGUCCUAAUAAAGUUCUGAUUCCA